AUGACAAAUGGACAUUUAUUUGCAAGAAAUGAUAUUGAAACUUUCCACAAGACCCCAAGUGUUUGCUCUUCGACGUGGCAGUUGCAGGGUUGUAGCUACCAGUCGCUCAGUGACAACACCGGGGCGUUUUUCUGGCUCGUUUCCCUACUACUGGCCUCCUUGAUUUGGUUCAUUUCGGUGCAUCUCAGCAAUCGGGAGGAUUCCAGGCUGCAGUACGGCCUGCUGGUGUUCGGGGCUGCCGUGUCGGUGCUGCUCCAGGAGGCCUUUCGAUUUGCCUACUUCAAGCUACUCAAGAAAGCCGACGAAGGCUUGGCAACGCUCAGUGAGGAUGGGCAAUCUCCCAUCUCCCUCAAGCAGAUGGCCUAUGUGUCGGGGCUGUCCUUCGGGAUCAUCAGUGGGGUCUUCUCGGUCAUUAACAUCCUGGCGGACUCCGUAGGGCCGGGCGUCGUCGGGAUCCACGGGGAUUCGACGUAUUACUUCAUCACGUCAGCGUUCCUGACCAUGGCCAUCGUCUUCCUGCACACCUUCUGGGGGGUGGUCUUCUUUGACGCCUGCGAGAAUCGGCGCUACUGGCCCGUGGCGCUGGUGGUGGCCAGUCACCUUGUCACGUCCGGGUUGGUGAGUGGGGCUGAAAUCAGCGAUCGGAUACCCUGGGGAUGGCCGGCUCUGCGGGGCUAGCUGGCCCGGCCCUGU